ACCGGAAGCGGAAGAGAAGGGCGGUUGAAGCUGGAGGAGAAAAGGGUGACUUCUCCACGCAGGAUCGUCUGGACGAAUUCACGCGUGUCGGGCAUUUUUUUAAGAGCAAUCGGCCAAGAUGGGGAAACAAUUUGGAAACCUGAUGAAAACGAGGCACGUUGUCAGCUACUACCUGUCUCCGUUUGAACAGAAAAUGUUCCCCAACAUCUCACACAGGAUGGUAAACACGUGGAGACGAUUUAGCUCCUCGUUCUUCAGGGUGACACCUCAAUUUGUCAUUGCGUACAUGGUUUAUUCCUGGGGAAACAGCUACAAUAAAAAAUUGAAGAGGAAGAACCCGGCCGACUACGAAAACGACGUGUAAGAAGAUUCACAGGGGAGAAAAUUUCUUUCCAGCUUUUUUCCCCCCCCUUCUCGGUUCCGAAGAUACGACGCGUCGUUGUAAGAACACUGGGAUCCAAUAAACCUCUUUUGUGUUCCUUC